AUGGUCUCUUCUUCGGAACCUACCACACAUGCGGCCAAGAGCGAUGUCAUGAGGCGGAUUCUUGGGCUUGAUAGGCCCGGCGGCAUCGUGGCAUCGGUGUCGCAAGCUGGCCGACGAACUCUGUCAAAUGGCUUCUCCGGCGCGCUAGGGUUUAAGGGUGCCCUCAGCCAGCCGGCUGGGCUGGGGAACUGGGACAACUCUUGCUACCAGAACAGUAUAUUACAGGGCCUCGCAUCGCUCAAGCCGCUCCCGGCGUUUCUGUCUCGGCUCGCGAUAGAUGGCAGCGCUGCCCGGAUCAAGACAGAUACCACGGAGACGCUGCGUGAUCUGGUCGCCGACCUGAAUCACAUAUCGAAUAACGGAAAGACACUGUGGACGCCGGCAGUACUUAAGAACAUGAGCUCGUGGCAACAGCAGGAUGCGCAGGAGUACUUCUCCAAGUUGCUGGACGAGAUUGACAAGGAGGCGUCGAAGACUACGAAAGCCCUGCGACGGCCCACCGGAUUCGAGAGCGACAACUCGAGAGACGACACCAAUGCCAGCCAGCAUAGUGAUGACAGCGGGUAUCAAAGUCUAUCGACGAUCUCGAAGGGGGCGACCGACAUACAGAUUGUCCGAAACCCCCUCGAGGGGCUUCUAGCGCAGCGUGUCGCAUGUGUUGCUUGUGGAUACUCUGAGGGCUUGUCGAUGAUCCCGUUCAACUGCCUGACUCUCAAUCUGGGCAUGCACAGGACUGAAUUUGACCUCUACGAGCGGUUGGACAGCUAUGUACAAGUCGAGUCUAUCCAGGGUGUCGAAUGCACCAAGUGCACGCUACUCAAGUACCGCAACCUUUUAAACACCAUUAUCGAAAGAAGUCGAAAGGCUGGAUGUCCAGACUCAGACUUUCCAGAGCCCCACGCAAGACUAGAAGCCAUUGAGGCUGCUUUGGAGGAGGAAGAUUUCGACGAUAAAACGUUGAAGGCCUGCAAGAUAACACCGCAGUCACGCGUGAACUCUACAAAGACAAAACAAGCCGUUAUUGCUCGACCUCCCCAGAGCUUGGCGAUCCAUAUGAACCGGUCUGUCUUUGACGAGACGACCGGCCACAUGUUCAAGAACUUGGCUGGAGUUCGCUUCCCAAUGACCCUGGACCUGGGUCCUUGGUGCCUCGGCAGCGCGGAUGCUCUGACUUCGCAGACUGGUGGCGACAAGGCAGAGAUACUCGACGAGAAAUCAUCUAGCGCCGUGAAGGGCGAAGAGGAGUGGCUACUAGACCCGACGGCUUCAAUGGUAGCUGGGGAUCUCCACCCGUCUAAGAUCACCGGCCCUAUAUAUGAGCUUCGAGCAGUUGUCACGCAUUACGGGAGGCACGAAAACGGCCACUAUAUUUGUUACAGAAAACAUCCCCGAGCUUCCGCCGUAAGGGAGGAGAACGGUGGCCUGGAGAAAUCUAAUCAGCCAGCUCAGUUGGCCCCCGAGGAGCAUUCCGAUGAUGUUUCCAGCAUCCACGAGAAAGAACCCGGAGAUGAAGACCAGUUCCUUGACGCAGUGGAGACACCAGACGAAGACCCACAGACUGGUUCUCAGUGGUGGCGCCUUUCUGACCAGGACGUGACUCCGGUCACUGAGGAAACGGUCCUUGCUCAGGGCGGCGUCUUCAUGCUGUUUUAUGAUUGCGUAGACCCGAAUUCUGUUCUGACUUCCGAAGUCGAUGUCGUAACGGAGCCAACAUCGAAAGAGCCAUCCACAAAUGAAAUUGCACCUAUCACGUCCGCGAAUAUCGAUGUCGACACUACAGAGGGCGGAAAUGUCCAGGGGUCACCAGCUCAAGAUAGUACGGCACAAGUGGAAGAGACUCUGAAAAUAGCCCAAAACGUGCCGCUACCCCAUGGGGAUGACGGACUUGAUGAAUAUGUUGAUUCGAUGGAGGAUCCUGCCGAAGGCUCUGAAGCAAAGAGCUUAUGA